CAAACACUGACUUCACGCUUUCACCCUCGCGAGAUCACACGGUUUGGCUGAUCUGGCAGUUUGAGGAACAUCAAAGUUCGGAGAGAGAGGGAGUGAGAGGAGAGCGGGUAUUUUUAGAGUCAGUCCGAGUAGAGAGCCCGGCCUCGGGCUGGGGGACUGCCCGCCGACAACACGGCGAUGCCUGGCUCCUUCCGCCAUCACCCGGCGACGUGGCUCGGCUCGGUGAAAACAUGAAGCCGGGAGAGCGGACAGUUGACCAUGGCAGGGAGAAGUCAAACUCGUUUCUUGCCGGCUACCAUUCAGCCUGCACUAGGAGGCAAUGUUUACGUGUUUGCAAGUGGCACACCUUCAGAAAAUGAACUUUCAGAAGAGGAUGCAGAAUGUUUUGAGCUGAGACCAAGAGGAAAGGAAAAAAUACGAAGAACAACAUCUAAAGAUCGGUUGGAUGAUAUUGUGUAUUUGUUCCGGGAAAUUCAAGAGGGCGACACCUUGAAUGCACUUGCUUUGCAAUACUGUUGUACUGUUGCAGAUAUCAAGAGAAUUAAUAAUCUGAUCAAAGACCAAGACUUUUUUGCUCUCAGAUCUGUAAAGAUUCCUGUGAAAAAGAUCACUUUACUCGGUGACACGUACAGUCCAGCCAAAUCAAGACUAGUUCCACGUCCUGCCUUGGAAGCUAAUGCACAGUUUCAGGAAUCCAAUACGGGUGAAGAUUGCUCUUCAAAUGAAAACGCUGAUAACUUUCUCCGUGAGGUUGAUAAAGAUAUAGAAAGAAUAGUGAAGUCAAAUGAUACCACAAAGGAGCAUUUAAAUGAGGUUGUUUCAGCUUUAUCUACACAACCAUUUUAUCAAGCAGCAGAUCGAAAAAUAUUACCACGGAAAGAUCCGCAUUAUGGAGCUGACUGGGGCAUGCGCUGGUGGAAUGCAGUGAUGAUAAUGUUGGUAGUUGGAAUUAUUACACCUGUGUUUUAUCUACUCUACUAUGAAGUCCUUGUAAAGGUCGAGACAAGCCAUCAUUCUACUGUGGAAUCAACAAACCUACCUGUUACCCAGCCUUCACAGCAAGAGCCAAAGUAUAGCUAUGGAAUUAAUUCUGUGGAAAGGACAAAAAUGGCCUCAGAUGAGGCCCUUGAGCAAGUGAAUUCUAAUGUUCAUGUGACUGUCACCUGACCACAAACAUCUAGUGCACAGCAUUGUGUGCAGUGCAAACAUAAAACAAUUAUGUUCAAAAGUGUCUGGGGAAGUUGCAUCAUGCUAGAAAUGUCAUAUAUUCAACUCAAGAAGAGAAGCAUUAAGACUUGCCUUCCAAUGUUAUGGGAAAUAAUAAUAUAAAGGUAACUGACAAAAUUAAUUUCAUGUGAGAAGAAUUUUUGCCUGGGUCAGUUGAUAACAUAUAGCAUCUAUAAUUGAACUUGGAUUAAUAUUUUAGUCCGAAACAACAUCUUUGUUGUUUCUUAAUAAAUGUCUUCCUUUCCUAAUUAGCUUUUGUAAAAUAUAUUUCUAAUUUUGUUGUGAACAAGAUUUCUUUUGUGGUCCAGUUAUUUUCAAGAGUGAAAACACAACAGUUAUUGAACUGCAAUUCUGUCAAGCAUUAAUAUGUAAGAUAAAGGAACAAACUUUAAGCAGUUUCAAAAAUGAUGCCCCUUUCUUAAAGCAGCUCAAUGAUAUUAGGUGCAACCACGCAGUUACUACUUUUCUUUUUAAAUGUAUAAAUAAUAGCACAUUCCGAAUGUCACAACACAAAAGUCUUAAUCUCACCCAUUCAUAUAAAGGAAUUUUGUUGCCUGAGAUUAAUAGUUUUAAUAUAAAAAUGUAUUUAUUGACUGUUAAAUUACCAUAGUUGAGAGCAUGCAGAUAUUUAGUGUUGAACGAUUCAAAGUUAGUGUUGUGUGUAGCAGUUAUUCUGUAAUUAAACUGGAGAUUAUAACUGUGAACAAAAGAUCAAAUGGAUCUAAAUUGUUGACAUUAUAAAUGAAAAUGUGGCUGUUUAAAAAAAAUGAACUUCCAGCAUUUACACCGGUUGUAUUUUCUUAAAGCUUUGUAACAGAAUCUAUUCUUUUGGAAUUUAUCAUAAAAUUUAGAAUAAAAAUUGAAAAAUUGAAACACA